UUUUAUUAAUUCCUGCAAAGGGUGUUCUUUUAUAUGUUUUGGUUUUGAGUUUUUUCUGUCCACGGGUAUUAAUUCACAGCGAACUUGAAAAGCGAGAAAAUGGGUCUUUUGUCGUAUGGAAGGGAGUGGGCUUUGCAAUUGUCACGGUAACAACUUUCGUUUCGGCUUGAAUGAAUGUAAUUUUGCUUUUAACUUCUUCAACAUUCGCACUUUAUGCAGUUCUGGAGGGGCCAAGAGACGUUACACCAAGUGUGUUGAAGUACUAUACUGAUUCAGAUGUUUCUAAACUUUGUCCAAAAUAGUGGGGUUCUUCUGGAACCUCCAGCAUCGCAUUGGUUGCUCUUCUGGGUGGAUCUCUUGUCUGCUUUCUCAAGGGAUUGAUAUCAGGCCUAACCUUGCUGCUAUACUGGGCCUACCCUUUUUAGACUCUAUCUUCCUUGGGGGUAUGUUUAGCUUUAAUCUCAAGUUACUGGCCUCUGUAUAGGCGUCGGAUUAUAGUUCAUGAAGCAGGCCACCUCCUUGUUGCGUACCUUAUGGGUCGCCCAAUUUGUGGAGUGAUUUUAGAUCCAAUUGCUGCAAUGCAGAUAGGCAUCCAAGGGCAGGUAGUCAUUUUGAUUUUUUUUUUUUUAUUUUACAUUUUGCUCUUAGUAUUUUUGUAAAGAAAAUCAAACUGCAUGCUGUAUGCUGUUUGAUUCUUAAGCAAUAUAAUCUCUUGUGGACACCUUUAGUUUAUGGAAGUUAGAAAGGCCCAAACUCAGCAUUUUUGUACUGGAUGGAACUCAGUUUUGGGAUUAGAAAAUGAGUAAUGCGCUGGCUGAAGGACAAUUGAGUGGCUCUGCCUUUGACAGGUACUGCAUGGUGCUUUUUGCUGGGAUUGCUGUUGAAGCUGUGAUUUAUGGUGAGGCUGAGGGUGGAGAGAAUGACGAAACAUGUUUCACAUCAUCUGUGUCUUUCUGCAACCGCCAUUGUCUGUAGCUCAGAUGUCAAAUCAAGCUACAUGGUCUGUUCUACAGUCUUUCGACCUGCUUAUAUGGCUCAGGCACGCUCAUCGAGCUGCUGUCACAGCUUUGGAAAGUGGUGGCAAUCUUAGUAUUGUGAUUAGGAGGAUUAAGCAAGCCGUGUCUUCUGGCAGAUGACAUAAACAUGCUGGUUUCUGUGGUCCAAUGGUGUUCAAAAGUUAAAUGUUCUAUAUGCACUUAUAGGAAGGCUUAAAUAACAAUUGUCUGUUCUUGUAUGGCUGGUUAUGUUGAACUAAGGAAGGGAAGUUCUAAAGCGUUACUCUGAUUAUUGUUCUCUACUCUCUUCCGUACUACAUACUAAUUUCAUAUGUCAUCAAUUAUGAGAAAGAUUUUCCUCAAAUGAUAGGUUUCUUAGAAGGAGAAUGAAUGACUCAUGUUUUUGAAGUUCCCAAGAUAUGUCCUAAGAGGCCACAGUGGGCGGAGGACACAUCGAGGAAGUAAAGAAUUUUGGUAUCCAGCCGACCAUUUUUGACAAAUGUAGUCUAAAGAGAUGGUUCCUCUUGGUGUCUUUGCCGCAUUUAGACUGCAAAUGUGAGCGACCGUUCUCGAGUUCUCAUCUUUUUGUAAACAUUUUAGGUUCAGAGUGCUAUUUUUUUCCACCGUUGUUUCGGUUGGAAGAAAGUUAGAUUUUGAGCCGUGGCCUCUUGAUUGUACCCCUAACUAAUUUGAUUCUGGUUAAAGCUUUUGUGCCAAUCAAGCUGCCUCCAUAUUCUCUUAGAACAAAAAGACUACAACAUU